CCGCCUCGUCUUCGUUCCCGAAGCUCCGGCUGCAACUGCUGCUCACCUCCGCCAUCCAGCGCCUUGCCAAACCACUGACUGGCCUUUAUCGUUUCUCCCACGCACACAAUGGCGCAUAGCAAAAGAAACACGAGCCGGCCCAUCUUCACGUCGCACGAGCGGGCCAUGGCCCGGGCGGCCUGGGGGUCGUCGACGGCGCGCCUCACGCGGGAAUCCUUCCUGCCCUUCGCCUCGUGCUGGCUGUGCCUUGAGCCCGCCAUAGACCCCGUCGCGUGCGCCCACGGCGACAUCUUCUGCCGCGAGUGUGCCCUGAGCAACAUCCUCUCGCAGAAGAAGGAGAUCAAGCGUGCCGAGAAGGCCCGCGAGCAAGAGCUGCGCGAGGCCCAAGAGGAGCAGGCACGCCGCGAUGCCGAGGCCCAGGAACGCGCGAUACGCGAGUUCGAGCUGACGCAGGCCGGACUGAGCAUCCAGAGGGGAAACGCGAGCCAGAGGGGAAACGCGAGCGGUGGGGGGACACACAAAGCAGAACCGCCGGGGCGGGAGGGACAGAGCGCAAACGGGAACGGGAAGAACGGGAAGAACGGGAGCAAUGCAUCAGAGACGUCCGUGCCCAGGACUGGGGAGAAGCGCAAGUUCUCGCUCGACCCGGACGAGAUUGCCCGCAUCGCCGAGGAGGAGCGGGCAAAGGCGAGGAGGGCGAUCGAGGAGGAAAAGGCAUCCAAACCGACUCUGCCGUCUUUCUGGUCUCCGACGGUAACGCCGUCCUCGAACAACAACACGGCCUUGCACGAAGUGACAAAGAAAGUCAAGACGCAACCGACGUGCCCGGCAGCGCCGGAAGAUAGGCCACACUACUACUCACUUCACACCCUAAUAUCGAUCAAAUUCACGGAAGAGACCAACCCGGACACGAAAAAGCCGCAGAGGGUAUGCCCGGCGUGCAACAAGGGGCUCUCCAACUCGUCCCGGGCGACGCUUGCGAAGCCCUGCGGCCACGUCCUCUGCAAGAACUGCGUGGACCAGUUCAUGAAGCCGUCCGACGGAGGACCGGUCCGCUGCUAUGUAUGUGAAGCUGACCUCACGGAGAAGAACGAGCCCGCGAAGAAAGAGGGCAAGCCAGAGGGCAAGCCAGAAAAGGAGAAGAUCCGGCCGGGCUUGGUCGAGCUGCGCCGGGAAGGCACGGGGUUCUCGGCCGGCGGCAGCAACCAAGUUAAGAAGGACGCAGUGACGUUCACCGUUUAGAUGUUGGGCUUCUGUCCCAAGCGGUGGUGCAGAAACGCGGUCUGAGCAGAUACGGAAUUGAACCCGCGAGUCCUGCUCAGCAGCUUUUCUUGCCCUUUACUUGUCCGGCAACCUAUGGUUUGCCCGCAGCAAGCCUACGGCAGUUCUUCCCUCGAAGUCUAUUGCCUGCUUGGCACAGCGCGCCCCUUGGUGGGCUCUGCUCGUCCUGGACGAGGACGCCCGCAGCCAGCGGUCCCGGAGUACGCCUCUGGCCUUUGGCAUUCCUUCCAGAUAGUCUAGUCUUGAACUGGGGCGGACAACCGCGUCAAUGAACCAAGGAUGGCAAAGCACAGCCGCCGCAAAACUUCAGCA